CUGCUCCACAUAAGGAUGGCAGCUGGUGCAGAGAGUUCUUCAAAAGUUGAUAAUUGUAAUACGAAGAGUGGAAGCAGUAGAGUUUCGGUUUCAACGGUUGCGUUGUUUACGUUGGCGAUGGCAGCUGCUACUGGUUUAGGUGCAGUGCCGUUCUUCUUUGUAGAGCUUGAUCCGCAAUGGGCUGGGUUGUGUAACGGAAUGGCUGCAGGUGUUAUGUUGGCUGCAAGUUUUAAUUUGAUACAGGAAGGGCAGGAGUAUGGUUCUGGAAGCUGGGUUGUUACUGGAAUUUUAGCUGGUCGAGUCUUUAUUUGGUUAUGUAAAAAGUUUCUUGAGCAAUAUGGAGAAGUAAGUAUGUUGGAUUUAAAAGGUGCUGAUGCAACAAAAGUUGUUCUUGUUAUUGGAAUCUACAAAAGUUCAAUUGAAAUGAUUGAAAAUGUACAGUCACUUCAAAAUCCAAAUGAGUGCUAUAAUAUGGGUAUAAUUUUUUUUACUUGA